AUGGAUGCUGUUAGCGUUGGAUAUGCCUCAAUCAAGAACUUUGGAGAGAAAGUGUUUGGAAGAUACAAAAAGUUUCUUCAAGACCUUCACUUGGAGAAUCCCAGAAAGUACGCCGUGUUAAUGUACGAUUCGAUUGGCAGACAAGGCAGCAACAUUCUGCAUGGGAACAUCGAUCAAUUGGGGUCUUACAGUGAGUGUAUCUCGGCUCGAGCCCCGGCUGGCUCCUUCAACGGGCAAUACUGCAAACUGAAGGUUCAGCAGGGAGGCAUUGACUUUCAUGUUGCCAUUUGUAUGCCCAGUUCAUGUAAGAAUGAGGAUGUCAUCAAGGCUGAAGAGCUGGGUAUUUUGAAGUACAAGAACAGGUCGUUCCUGUCAUUUUCACCAAUGCCCUUGUUUCGUGUGACUAACGCCACAUAUGGAGUGAAAAGUGUACACUGCCACAGCAUCAGUCCACGCAUCGACAUAUCUGUUGUGGUUCUGUUCAUUGCAAUGACCAUUGCUGGCUCAGUUUACAUUGAAAUGAAGGGAUGGAAGAUUAGAUGGACAGAUAGCACGCACAGAGAGGGUUUAAACUCAGGUCACCGGGCCGAUGGGGCUGUGGUGUUUGUUGGAAUGGUCGGACAGCAGCCCCAGGAAUACUUCACACAAUCCAAGCACGAACACAACCAACCUGACGGACAGCAGAAGAAGAAGAAGAAGAAGAAGAAGAAGAAGAAGAAGCAGAAGAAGCAGAAGAAGCAGAAGAAGAAGGCUGCUGCAGAGGUUUUCGACUGGAUGUUAACAUGCUUUGCCAUACAAAAGAGUGUCCCUUCUGUGCUGUCCACUGAGACAUCCACGGGCAGCUACUCUGUGAUAAAUGGGAUUCGAGUCCUGAGUCUCCUCUGGAUAAUCUCAGGACACAUGUGCCAGUUUAUUUUAUUCAAUAACUUAGAUAAUCCUUUAGAGUGGUUGAGGACGAUCCCAAACAAUGUGUUUUACAUUGUUUCCCUGGGUGGACCUUUCUAUUUAGCAGUCGAUACCUUCUUUCUAAUUAGUGGUUUGUUAAGCGCAAGAACGCUUUUAAACAUGAGCGAUCGAUCCAGGGAAGGACUAAGCUUCAGAAUUCUAAGGGAUUAUGUGAUUAAAAGGCUACAGAGAAUUCUGCCACUCUACCUGUACACAAUGUGCUUAUUGAUUGGACUCUACUCUCUUAUUCCCUGGAGGUCCGUGGGAGAAAAUUCAAAGUCUCACCUGGAGAAGUGCAAGCAGUCCUGGUGGACCAACCUCUUAUUCCUGAACAACUUCAUCUCUGUUGACCAGCAUUGCAUGGGCUGGACGUGGUACCUUGCAAAUGAUUUCCAGUUUUACAUUACAACACCUGUAUUCAUCUUCCUGCUGUACAAGAGAAGACAGCUGAUGGUCACACUGGCUGGGCUUGUCUUGUUGAGCUGUUUUAUGGUCACUGCAUUGAUCUCGUGGUUCUUUAAGUUGCCAAUAGGACUUCACUCAGACAGCAGGCUGAUAUCACACAGGGUCUACAACGUGCAGUACUAUCUGAAGCCUUACUGUCGCUACGGCCCAUUUUUGAUUGGAAUCCUGUUGGGCAUUUUAAUGCAUCGCAGAGAGACACCAUUGUUGACAACGAAGGUUCCUGUCCUUGUGGGAUGGCUCUGUGCUCUGCUAAUCAUGGCGGUGGUGAUAGCUCUGGGCUACACCCUGGAUGACUCCAUUGCUUCCUACUCAGUGGUCUCUGUGUUGUAUCAGGCUUUGCACAGGUCGGUGUGGGCGGCCUCUGUGGGCUGGAUAAUCCUGGCGUGCGAAGAAGGAUAUGGAGGGUUUGUUAGAAGCUUGCUGUCGUGCAGGGUGUGGGUCCCACUCGCCAACCUCAGCUACGCCUGCUAUCUAGUGCACCCUGCUGUCAUAGACAUCUAUAACGGACUGCAAGAGACUCUACUUCAUUACACAGACAUCAACAUGUUUUAUCUCUUUAUUGGCCACACGGUUUUGACACACGCUGCUGGGUUCGCACUGUGUGUUCUUGUCGAAAUCCCAAUUCAAGCAUUAAGAAGACACAUAAGAACAUAAGAAUUU